UCCCGGGUGCCAGCCCCCCCUUCCCCUCCCCGGCAGCGCUGCUGCUGCUACUACACCGGGUAGGUUUCCAGUCACUAUGGCGGCUGCGGCUGGGAAGGUCAGGAGAAAGUUUUCGUUGUCGGCGGCCGCCUGAGAACGACACUGAGCGGGAGGCAUCCGGGCCCGGCCUCCAGGCCUCUCCCGUAGCCGGAGCAGGGCCAGCCCCGCUGGGCUAGCGGAGACCUUGCUCCUCAGGAGAGAGCGACAAACGGCAUCCCGAUGCGCAGCCACCUGCGGAGACCCUGAGCGGAGCAGAUCCCUCCCCCUUUGGCCGGGCGGCGGGACACCUCGGGGGGAAUCUCCCGGAGACUUACUGGUAGCUAGCCCCCGUGAGAAACAUCCCCUGCCCUCCUAAGGCAACCCGCCUCACUGAGACAUCCACGCCCCGCCAAUCUGAGGGGCGAUCCCUCCUUCUGUCAGCCCAACCUUCGUGAGCUCCUGCAAGCCCCCUGUCUGCCACCUCUCCUCCGAGUUGAGGAGGCCCUCGCCCCUUCAGUUCGUCCUGGAAGACCAUUCCUCUUAGUGUCUCCCUGGGUAGCGAAGAGUUUGAAGCCCUUCUCCACCCUUUAUCAAAUUCCUUACCUGAGUGGCCUAUUGAAACUCCUAGCCUCAGGUCAAUUUUUUCUGGUGUAGGGGAAGAGACCAGUGUAGCUUUGCUACCUCUAGUCGAGGACCACCCACUCUACUUUAUCUUACUGUCUGACGAAGAUGAAAUGUGGACUGUCAUGUGGGUCAACUAAACGGACUGUCUUUUGUGGAGCGAAUGCUUCAUACGCAUUCUCCAACUCUUGAUCUGGGCUGUGAGGCUGCCUGGACGCUACACCUUUUUUAUUCCUUGCCCCCCACCCCCUAAAUCUUUCCUUGCUUUCCUGCUGCAUUGGUUAAAAUUUUGGUAAGUGCUGUUUACGGAAGGAAAAAAAGAAGGCAGUCUGAAUCCCCAACACAAGUAUUUGUGUGUGACUCAUCUUCUUGGAUUUAAAGACAUCUCCACCUUCAGGGAGUCUUGCUUCUCUUCUGUGAAGUCAGAUGUUUGUUCCUGUUCUUCCUGAUGAGCAUGGAUUGAAAGUUGCACCUUCUAGAUUUUUUCCAGGGUGCUGCUGAUACUAUUAAAGGACAUAAUGGGGCUUUUUCACUGGAUUAUUGCCAGGAUCAGUUUACACACUGCAACAAUGAGUUGUUAGGCAUCUCAUGUACAGGUAACAUUUGUCCUGCUUUAAUGUAAAAUUGCUGGGGAGAUUGGGGAUAAAAAUUUGUCGAAGGCCGUCUGGAUCAGGAAGAGUUUCUCUUCAUCCCUGUUUGGCGUGACAUCCCCAAUCUGUCCUCGAUGCCUUCAGCCUUGGCUAUCUUCACUUGCCGCCCGAACUCUCACCCAUUUCAGGAGCGUCAUGUCUACCUGGACGAGCCUGUCAAAAUCGGCCGUUCGGUGGCUCGCUGCCGGCCAGCUCAGAAUAAUGCUACUUUUGACUGUAAAGUGCUGUCCAGGAACCAUGCCCUUGUCUGGUUUGACCACAAGACAGGCAAGUUCUAUCUUCAAGACACUAAGAGUAGUAAUGGUACCUUCAUAAACAGUCAGAGAUUGAGUAGAGGAUCUGAGGAAAGCCCACCAUGUGAGAUUCUGUCUGGUGACAUCAUCCAGUUUGGUGUAGAUGUGACCGAGAACACGCGGAAAGGUAAGGUUACCCAUGGAUGUAUAGUCUCCACAAUAAAACUAUUUCUCCCAGAUGGUAUGGAAGCCCGGUUACGGUCAGAUGUCAUCCAUGCUCCAUUACCAAGUCCUGUUGACAAGGUUGCUGCUAACACUCCCAGUAUGUACUCUCAGGAACUGUUUCAGCUUUCUCAGUAUCUACAGGAGGCCUUACAUCGGGAACAAAUGUUGGAACAGAAGUUGGCUACCCUUCAGCGACUGCUUGCUGUCACACAGGAGGCUUCAGAUACUAGUUGGCAGGCUUUAAUAGAUGAAGACAGACUACUAUCAAGGUUAGAAGUCAUGGGAAACCAAUUACAAGCCUGUUCAAAAAAUCAAACAGAAGAUAGUAUACGAAAGGAACUUGUAGCAUUACAGGAAGACAAACACAACUAUGAGACAACAGCCAAAGAGUCCCUGAGGCGGGUCCUUCAGGAGAAAAUUGAGGUGGUCAGAAAACUCUCUGAAGUGGAGCGAAGUUUAAGUAACACUGAAGAUGAAUGUACUCACCUGAAAGAAAUGAAUGAGCGGACUCAGGAAGAAUUAAGAGAAUUAGCAAACAAGUACAAUGGAGCUGUAAAUGAAAUUAAGGACCUCUCUGACAAACUAAAGGUGGCAGAAGGAAGACAAGAGGAAAUCCAACAGAAGGGACAGGCAGAAAAAAAGGAAUUGCAACAUAAAAUAAAUGAAAUGGAAGAGCGAGAACAAGAGCUUCAAGCAAAAAUAGAAGCUUUACAAGCAGAUAAUGAUUUCACCAAUGAACGGCUAACUGCUUUACAAGUACGGUUAGAACACCUUCAAGAGAAAACUCUUAAAGAACACAACAGUUUAGGCAUACAAGUUGAUGACUUCAUACCUAAAAUUAAUGGGAACGCAGAAAAAGAGCACUUUCUUUCAAAGAGUGGAGGGGACUGCACUUUUAUUCAUCAGUUCAUAGAGUGCCAGAGAACUGGAGUCAGUUCCCUCCAUUUGCACCAAAAUGCUGGGCAUAUCGCAGGAUGGCACCAUUGGCACCAACCAUUGAUCCCAGACAAGUUCAUAGACGAAGGACAUCUAACCAAAGUGGAAGAAACAAAGCUUUUGAGAGAAAACCAAGCAAGAGCAAAAGAAUCUGAUUUGUCAGAUACUCUUAGUCCAAGCAAGGAGAAAAGCAGUGACGACACUACAGAUGCCCAAAUGGAUGAACAAGAGCUAAAUGACCCUAUUGCUAAAGUAUCUCUUUUAAAAGAUGAAUUGCAGGGGGGUGCACGAUCAGAAACAGAGACUAAACAAGAAAUUCAGCAGCUGCACAAGGAACUGAUUGAAGCCCAAGAGCUAGCUAGAACAAGUAAACAAAAAUGCUUUGAACUUCAAGCACUACUGGAAGAAGAGAGAAAAGCAUACCGGCUGCAGGUUGAGGAGUCCACCAAGCAAAUACAGUUUCUGCAAGCCCAGCUGCAUAGGUUGCAGGAAGAUAUUGAGAAUCUUCGUGAGGAAAAGGAGAAUGAAAUUUCAAGCACUCGAGAUGAAUUGCUAAGUGCUCAAGAUGAGAUUCGGCUACUUCAACAGGGGGCAGAAAAAGCUGCAUCAGAACGAGACACUGAUAUUGCUGCUUUGCAAGAAGAGCUGCAGGAGGUGCGGGCUGAACUUGAACGCUGGCGGAAAGAAGCCUCAGAAUACGAAAAAGAAAUUGGCAAUCUUCAAGCCAGUUUCCAGCUGCGAUGUCAGCAGUGUGAGGAUCAGCAGAGAGAGGAAGCUACUCGUUUACAAGGUGAACUUGAAAAGUUGAGAAAGGAGUGGAGUGAUCUAGAAGCUGAAUGCCUCUCCUUAAAGAAUGAGAAUACUUUGCUUGCAUCUGAACUUCAGCGACAAGAGAAGGAGCUUCAUAGUUCUCAGAAACAGAGUUUAGCGCUAACCAGUGAUCUAAGUGUUCUUGAAAUGACCCGAAAGCAACUUGAAAAUCAAGUGGGAUCUUUGAAGGAACAACAUCAACGCGAUGCAGCUAGUCUAAAAACUCUACUCAGUGAAGCUGAGAAUCAAGCAAAGGAUAUUCAGAAAGAGUAUGAAAAGACACAGACUGUACUUUCAGAGCUGAAGUUGAAGUUUGAGAUGACUGAGCAGGAAAAGCAAUCAAUCACAGAUGAGCUCAAACAAUGUAAAGACAACCUGAAGCUGCUACAAGAAAAAGGAAACAAUAGACAAUGGCCUUGGAUGCCUCUGAUGGCAGCUUUGGUUGCUGUAACAGCUGUGGUGCUGUACCCAGGCCUAACCAGAGCUUCUCCAUGAGAACUGUUGUUGAAUCCAUUCACCGUCCUCCCUUUAGAAGCUGGCAUCAUUCACAUACUGGGGAAAACCAGAUUAAUUCUCUUCCUUUUUACCUCUUAAUACAACAAAGCUCUGCGCGAGAACAGUAGUAGGGUCAUUGCUUUAAACUGUAUAAAAUGUAUCUGUCUAUAAAGAGGGAAUAAAAUUAUGACUUCAUUCUACUGUGAGCAAUAUUUUUGCUUACAAUUUCAUGUAAUUUUUAAAUUAGUAUGUUGGGAUUCUAAAUACUAUUAUGGUGGCCUAAAGUAGGCUUCUUGGUACCAAAUUAUUUAUAAUGGGUAGGUUUGUGGAUAUUUUACUUUAGAAUCUGAUUGCCAGAUUUAAAAGAAAAACACAUUUCUGAUUUGGAUACCCAUGCCAAAUAACCUUACAGAUACUUGGAAACAGAGGCAGUAUGCUCAGUGCCUUUCAGUUUGAAAUAUUUUUUUACAUUAAUGUACCAUUUUUACUUGCUGCAAGUCACUGAGCUAGUGGGAACAAGACUUAAAAUAACUUCUCUUUCCAGGCCUUUUGAAGGAAACAAAUAUUUUGCUUCAGUAAAGAUUCUGUUUUAUUAAUAAUUUUGGGAAUAAAUACAAUUCAUUUCCAGCCUUAAAGAAAGAGAGAAGACAUUGGAUGGCAAACACCUGCCUAGGAUAUUUUGUGUGCGCGUGUGGGAAUGUGUGCUUGUGUGUGUUCUUGAGUGAACUAAGGUAUUUCUGGGAGCAAAAUCUUGGUCAUUUGAUGGACAUAGUGCAGUGAUCCAAUUUAUAUUACCUUUAUUUCGAAUGUAAUUUAUUAAAUUUCAUAUAUUUAAAGAGACACAUUCUUUAAAAUCUGAAUAUUUUCGCACAUAUCACAUUUUAGCAACUUAUUUUUUCAGUCAUUUAAUACUUUCAAAACUGAACUGGAGAAAUAUUUGUCUAUUUAGGUAAGUUUUUAUUGAAAACUUCAAUAUGGGAGGUGCUACAAUGCAUCUAUGGGUAAAUGAAAAAAUCCAAGAUAGGCAAGCUCUUGCCAAGUUAGUCAUCUAACUGGUCAUGUAUGCAUCAAGUUAAUAAGCUGAGAGUGUUUACUUUUGGUAAUUAGAAACUUUUGCAUCAACAUUACAUGACACAAUAUGCAUAAUAUACCUUCAUACAUUGACUUUUUGAUUGGGUAACCACUGUAGUUAAACAAUGAAUUAAGUGUUGGCUAUAGUUGUCUUGUGCAACUCAACAGUUCAGUUAAAAAAGUUUUAUUAAGGUCCUAUAUAAUAUACUAAAGGAUUGCAAAGUAAAAUGAAUUCAUCUAAUGGAAACUUAAGAAUAGGAAGAUAAUCUCAGCGAAGAUUUAAUUGGCUUUAAAAUAUUUAAUGGCAAUCAACAGAUAUAGUUGAAUAUUUAAAUAGAAGUUUAGCAUAUAAUUUGCCUUGUGAGGUUCUGAGGGUCAUUGUCCUUUAAUUAAAGGUUCUAUCUUAAAAUACUUGGGAUUUGCUAAUGGGAGGAUUAUUAGAUUUAUGGAAGAAUAAAUCCACAAGUGACUUUUAGACUAUAAUAUUGGGUCACCUAGUUAACAUUUCAUCCUUUUCAGUUGCAGGAAGCCACCCAAUCACAAAACACUCAUAUGCCAGUGGUACUCGGUACCUCUUGUAUAUAGAUUAUUGCAAAUAUUGUUCUGAAAUGCUUUACUUCAGAAUUACAUUUUUUAAAGUAAAUAAUUGUUUUAAAUCUAUUUUGUAAAGGUAUAAUAAGUACAAUAGAAUUUCUCGAGUACAGAUUAAACUAUUUGCACUAACACACGUGAUGUGCAUGAUUUAAUAAAAUAACUUUACUCUA